AUGCCUGUAUGCAGCUGUAAAUCGCACAGCGAUAAUAGCGCUGCUGUGUAUAAGAUUUCCAGUAAAAAAUAUAAGAAAUGUGUGAUACAGGCACUUAUAGAAAAUAAAGUGUUAUCAGAUAAAUCAACAUAUCUUUGUACAACAUGUGCAAGUGAGUGCUUGAAAACUAUAACUGACAAGCCAGUAGUUAAGGCAGUAGAAGAAGUUGUAAAACUUAUUGAAGAGAAAAAAUUAUCCACCAGGGACAAAAAAAGACUUUUGCGUGCUUUAUUACAAGAUGAGAAGAUGUCCAUUGAAGAUGAUUCUAAACAUCUAUCUUCCAAAUACAAAGAUACACAAUAUUUAUCUUCAUUAGACACAAAAAAAUGGUUAUUAGACAGAAACCAUAUGGUUAUACAGUUUCUCUCUGUCAUAUCGGGAAGAAAAAUCCAAGACUUGACUGAAAAACAGACAGCAGCCUUCAUUUUUGCUGUAGAGCAAAUAUAUUCACUUGUUACCUCAAACCUAAUUUUACCUCUUACAUUUAGUAAGAAUUUACUAUCUUACUACUUCUCAGGAAGUAGAUCCAUCUGCACUAUGAAUUCUAUAGCAAGUCCUGGUGGUAGUUACCAGUCCAUAGUUUCAUGGAUAGCCCAGCAGGGAGGGGAUCCAAUAACCAUUAGCGGUGUUGAGGACGUUCUCACAUUUUUUGAUAACAACCAGAUUCUGACAAGGAGAUGGCGGGUUAAUUAUGACAACAAAACUAUUUUAUCUGCAAUUACGACCGUCGUUCAUUUAUUUCCACACAAUCUUUCCUACUUGCAACAAAACCCCCAUCUCUCACCAAGACAAUGGCUGUAUCCAAAGAACCUAUCUUCACAAAUUAGCAAUUUUUCCAAGUAUCUAGAUAAGUUCGGAAAUAUAUUCCGGGAAUUACGAUUGCAAUUUGUGGAGUCAAGAUUAGAGAAGGUGUACAAGAGCCACACUGAUGGACUGACAGGACCAACAGACACCAUCGAGGAAGGCGUCAGAGGCAGAAAGCGAAAGAGGGGGGAAGACCUACCAAAUACUACUUCAAGAGUACAAGAGGACCCUUACAGCUUCGUAGAGCACAAUCACCCAGGAAAGCCAACAAUUAUCAUGGGCAAUCCUGUUGCCAAAAACCCAUGCUCUUACGAAGCUGUUAAGGAAGUGCUUGCAGCGAUAAAGGCAGAGACCACCGGGGAGACCAGGAAAUGGACCAUAGUUGGUUGUGAUGGCCUGCCUUACCUAAUUGGGAACAAAGUUAUAGAACAAGAGCAAGAUCUGCAAGACAUCCUCCUCGUUCCAGGACUUGGUCAUUUUGAAAUAAACAUGACGAAAGCCAUCAUAAAAUUAGUAUGGGAGAUAUUUGGGGAAGAUUUGGCCAAGAUGCUGGGUUACCGCACAGCCAAAGCUUUGAGCGCAUGCCAUGAUGCCAGCGACCACCACAAAGCUUUCCAGUUCGUGGAAAUACUCCUUUAUGGCACAGGAGAUGAAUUACUUAUUCCCUAUGUUAGGGAUUGCAUUUCAUCGGGCGAUUCCCCAUCAGCAUUAGGAUACUUCCGAUGGUGCUCCUCAGUCAAAGACUGUAAUUACAGAUUUGUCCAAGAAAUUGUUUUCACGUACAUCCUUGCCCUGUACAUGUUUCGAGUGGGUGUACGUAGAAACAACAGUCAAGUUAUGAUGGCGGGGAGAAUAAAGUUUGCUCCUUUAUUUUUUGGCCUUAAUAAGUUCAACUACCAACAGAUAGAAGUCCUUGACUCCAUCAUGAGAUUAAGCGCCCCAUCUGAAGUUCUCCAUUUCAUAAACGAGAACGAAUCUAUGACUCAAUCAGGGCAUCACAGUAAGGGAGAAGGUGGGGACUUUAUUUUGGAGUCCAAAAACAAAGAGACAAAAAGAUGGUUACCACCUGGUGCACCAAAAUUUAUACAUUGGAACCAGGCAUGCAGGAAUCUGGAUAAACUAGAGAAGGUGAAUUAUUUACAAUUGAUAAUUUAUUUCAUACUAAUAUAUUAA